GCAGCCACACAGUGCCGCGAAGAGAGAACAGAGGAGAGAACGCGCUCGCACUGGAGCGGGGUUGGGGUAAAGAGGAAGGAGUGGAAGCAAGGGAACAAGGGGAGAAGAACAAACAAGGAAAAGCUGAGAGAGAUUCAGAGAGAGUAGAGACGGACGGGUGCCCAAUCCGCCAUGAUGGCUGGCAUCGUAUCGUAGGGAGAGGCGGUUAAAGGGAGGACACCGCUCGUCCGGUAAAGCCGAAAGAAGCUGCUGCUUUCCCUUCCCCCUCCUCCACUCCCUGCUUUUCCCCUGCCGCUUUGCGCUCCCUCCGUCUCCGUCUGACUUUCGGGGGGAAAGAAAUGAUGCGAGGUUCCGCUCAUGCUCAUGCCUGCUGCCUAGCUAGAUGCUCGUCUUCUUUAGUGCUGCCGGCUGCGGUUUGAGCUGUGGUGGGUGGGUAGGGUACGCGUGUUCCUCUCCUGGUUAAUUUGCUCGGGACCUCUCAUUCCCUGAGGUUUUGAGGCGAUUCUGCUCUGGGUUUGCUCGGCGGCGAGGUGGUGCCUACGGCGUCGCUGAUCUGGUGAAUUUGGCGGAAGAUUGGUCGCAUUUGUCUGCGCCUCCCCGGAACGGAGGAUUCUGGCACCGGGAGUGAAGAGCAGCAGGAGAGGUAUAUGAGCUGCUACUGGCUUUGAAGCCAUUGCUCACAAGCUUCCUCCGGUAAAAUGGCAGAAUUCAAGGUUGGAGGCCUCGAUCCCCGAGCGACGAAAUUCAGAAAUGUCCCGAUCGCUGUAACCCCGGAAGGGUUCUGGUGCUGCCCGUCGCAGACCGUGCUGCAGAAGACGGCGAAGAACCAGAACCAGCAGCCAAGGCCUAAAGCUGGUGCAUCCCCUCCUGCAUCAAAGGCCUCCUCGGUCCAGAGGGCGCCGACCAUCUCGUCGGAGAAGAGAACACAUUCAACUCCAACAAGGUCCAGGGCCAACUCAGAAGAGCAAAGGUGCUUGCCGGCGGAGAAUGCCACCCCCAAUCCACCGAAGGUUGUGAGCGAGAGGCCGCAGAAGCAGCAUAAGAUAUCUGUUGGGUUUGGUCAGAUUGAGAUGAGUGACUUGAGGGUCGUGUUGUAUGGCAAGGAUGGGGUUGCUGUCAAGAUGAGUGUUCACAAGAACAUCCUUGCUGAAAAUAGCACCCUCUUUGCUGAUAAGCUCUCACGGCAGUCUCCGGUGUCUAAUAUAGAGGUGCCCGAUUGUGAGGAUGUGGAGAUUUAUGUUGAGACCGUUGGAUUGAUGUACUGCAAUGAUGUCAAGCAGAGGUUGAUCAAACAAAGUGUUCCACGCGUUCUUAGAAUCUUGAAGGUUGCAGAAUUAUUAGGCUUCCGAGCAUGUGUCCUGUCAUGCUUGAAUUACUUGGAAGCGGUCCCCUGGGCUGGGGAAGAGGAGGAGAAUGUGGUCUCAUCAGUUCGGCAUCUUCAGACUGAAGAUUAUGGUGUGACACCAGUACUGAAGAGGGUAUGCUCUGACCUAACAAGCCCACCGAAUGACACAUUUGUGCGUAUCAUAGAACUAGUGUUGAAAAGCAGUGAUGAUAGAGGGAGGCGGGAGAUGAAGUCCUUGGUGCUCAAGCUGCUCAAGGAGAAUAGCAGCUGUACCAGUAGCUCUGCUGACUUAUGUGUUGACACUCUCUACAGAUAUUGCCAGAAUAGCCUGGAGUCCUUGCUAACCUUGUUUAAACAAGCAUCUGACAGUGAUUUUUCUGAGCAAUCUUUGGACCUUAAAGAAGCAGUAUUUCGACAGAUUACUCUUGAGGCGGAUAAUCUCCUAUGGUUAACUGAGAUUUUAGCUGGCAGGAAUGCUGCAGAAGAAUUUGCAGUGAUGUGGUCUAACCAGCGUGAGCUAGCUGGACUUCACUCCAAGUUACCAACCAAGUCGCGCCACCUUGUCAGCUGCAUCACAGCAAGGCUCUUUGUGGCAGUUGGGAAAGGUGAGAUGCUCCCAUCUAAGGACACAAGGCAACUCCUCUUGGAUGUCUGGUUGCAGCCUCUCAUGGAUGACUACAACUGGCUGCAGCAUGGUUGCAGGUCAUUCGACCGGACACUUGUCGAGGAAGGGAUCGGAUCAACUAUUUUGACACUUCCACUGGAGGAUCAGCAGACGAUACUGCUCUCGUGGCUCGGGAGCUUCUUGAAGGUUGGGAACAGCUGCCCCAAUCUGCAGAAGGCAUUUGAGGUUUGGUGGAGGAGGACAUUUGUACGGCCUUAUGUCGAACAGCAAGGGAACCAGUUGCAGUCAGGUCAGAGCUGAGAUCUCUGGUGGUCACACAAGAAAACUGACGCGGCGUCUUCACGCGUGGAAUAGCGCGCUGAUAAACUAUCCUGUAUGCUAAGUUUGUUCCCCAGGAAGUGGAAACAAUAGGGGGAGGGAGGGUGCAGAGUAGUGCUUUUCACUUGUGUGAGGGUUGAAAUAUAUAAUUUGUGCGUUGUGCUCGUGAUGCUUCAGCUUCAUAGAUUUGUGAAGCUCUCAGAAUUCUAGGUACAGAAUAUCUUGUCUGAUGUGCUACUUAUCUAAGGCAUCAGUUUGUUGCACCGUGUUUAUCACACCAUUGUGCAAUUGUAGUACCACUAUAUUACCGGUGAUGUGUAGAAACUGAGUCCUCGUUGAUGCAGUUGUAAAUAUUUUGCUAGAAUGUAUUGUCUGAAAUUUGGGAGAGAUUGAAUCUUGCUUCAGUAGUAAUAAUGUACGUCCGGGAUUUUUGCAAA